GACAGUUUGAAAUUCAAACCAAUGAUUGUUGGCAAGAAAAAGUGAACAACAUCGUUAUUUUUUCAGCCGUAUAUACAAAACGAAACUGUUGCACUCCGUUGUUCUCAAGUUUUUGUUGUUUAAAUGAUUUCCUUUGCUCGCGUGAUUCCUGAACGAUGAACAAGACUGUGUUUUUCAAGCGUACUCUAUCGAAUGCGGCAAACGUUAGCUCCUCUGAAGAGCAGUUAGAUGCAGCAAUUUUCUACUGUCUCAAUGCCCUCAGCAAACGUUAUUCCCCAUCGGAUCAGUUUCGAGCGGUUUUCGUUAAGGGUAUGUUUCUGAAGCCGAACACGAAGGCCUUCAUCCAUGUGCUGCACUUUCUGUUUAAUAUAUACGAUGCGAAGGAAUUUCGGAAGCGAUUCUACUGGCCAAUCUUCGAUAAGAAUGCGGAGAGUGCUUUCCGUAGCUCUACCGUUGAGUACGUGAACAGUCUGGUUGAUCGAGGCAAGCUCGAAAUGGAGAAGAUUAAGGCCCACACAGUUGUGCUUCCAGGCGGGGCCAAAUUUAUGAAGUUUCUGCUGGUGUUGAUCAAAUUUGUGCUCAGCGAAGACCUGCGGAAGGCUGGUGGCGGAACAGGAGCGAAGGUAAUUACCAAGGGUGAUGUGGAAAAAGUAGUAGCGCACCACCAAGAGUGGGAAGAUAUAGGAACGAAAAUGAGACAAAUCGUUCAAAAAGACUUGGAAAUUAUUCAGAGUAGAAUUCAAACGAUCGAUGAACGGCUCGAGGAGUUGUUUGCGAAUAGCCAAGGUCCGGCCACACUCAUGAGCACCGAAAAGCUAAUGCAGCUGUGGGGAACUAUCAAUAGGAAACAUUUUGAGGAAAGUGAGGACAAACAGCGGAAAAUAAAAAAGAUUGCGGAGGAAUAUGAUAAAGUGAUUGUUUCUGCGAGAAGAAAACUAGAACCGAGAGAAAUUAAAUUGGGAAUAAAUGAGGAUGACUUGAAACAAACUCUGUACCAAUUAGAGGUCCUGUAUGCAGACAACGCGGAUAUUUUUCGACAAGUGUUCGAUGAAAAUGGUAAAAUUGAUGCGGUUAAGUUGUUUGAGAUCCUAGUAUUUCUGCUACCGAAAGUUGACAAAUAUUUAACUAGUUUUUCCGUGAGGAGUACCGAGUCGCUUAAGUUUGAGCUGAAGGAACUGUCAAAAGUUGCAGUAAAAUCGGACAACAUAUGUAAUGAACUGGCAUGUCUUCGAAGAAGUUUGCCCUUUCUAGAUAUGAAAUUCCAGGAACUGACUAACCAUGAUAAAACCGGUGAUCUCAUUAAUGAUUUUGGGAUCAGGAAUAAAAUAUUCAACACUCCUCCAAUCACUAUCAACUUCCAGGAAGAUGCCGAAAUUGGGACGGUGAAACGAAAUCGUAUUGCUCUUUUCGACGAUGAUCACAUUCAUAAUAUGAAUCUCAGAAUGCGUGUAUUGGCAACCAGCACUUGUCCAACUGUGCCUAGGACACCUCGUUCUGCGAAGAAACCAAAAGUCAUCCAACAAAGCCCAGGUAAUGUCUUCGCCGUUCCAAGACCUGCCCGGAAGGAAAAGAUGAAUCCACUUUCGAUGUUGAAAAAAAUCACAGCUCAAGGAGAAACAAAAUCAAAGUUAGCACAACCUGCUAACAGCACUAUGAACAUUUCCUCAUUGUCCAGUUUAGGAGAUAUUUCUCUUCGUCCUGAAUUCUCAUCCACGUUGCUUGGAACUCCCGAAAAGGUUACCCACAAUCGCCGCAGUAUUAACGCCAACGAAACACUAACAGUUGAAUCGACGCCCGUUCCAUCAACGCCCUCCUUGCCAUCACAGUCAUCUUCACGGUACAAAACAAUCUACAGUGAAGCUCAGGAGCCAACGACGAUCAAGUCGGUCAUGUCACCAGAUGCGCUAUUUUUAUUCAAUCAAAGUACCAAAGGUGGCAGACGGAGAAGCUCACUUCUCCAGCUUGACCAACUGCAAACAUCGCCGUCUGGAAAAUUGGAUCCGCUCGUGGCAAAAUCACUCGUCAGGACUAGUACUAGAAUUAAUGGAGCCAUUGGAGAGUUCGGCGAAGUGCCACGAAUACGAAUAUCACCCCUUAAUGAACUCGAUUCUGGUAUAUGUGAAGACAAUCGUACUAAAGGAGAUUUGUCUGUUAUAGAUCCCGAAGGGACAACACAAGAACAGAAUACGACAGAAAGCUUGGAACUGGAGGAGAAGCAGUCGUCGCUAGAUUUAUCGACAACUCUGGUUGCGCUUAACUUGAGUAAGCUAACGCUGAAUGGCGGCGUGAGCGACGACGACACAACGGAUACGAUAAAGCCGGCGGCUGUACCUGCGGAAACUCUCGAUGAAGAUCUCUUUAACGUAAGCGACGGUAUUCUAACAGAUUUUGAUUGAAAUUGUCAUAUAAUGAAAACGAAAACGCCAGUGAAAUAUUGAACUACUCUUACUAUUAGGAGCAAUCAUUUCAAUCAGGAUCAUGUAGUAUUCGAUACAAAAAGAUUGAUGACGGCAUUGAAUGCUGGUAGAAUUCGUAUUUUGUCUCCAGUGGCCUAUAGUUAUCGACUGUUUUAAGUAAACUUGUUGUUUAGCAACACGACUAUCUAGUUUUGAAUGAAUAGGAAUUAGAUGCAUAAUGAUAACAUUUUUAUAACAUUGACCAUCACCGAUAACCAGUACAACAACAUAUGAAAUAAAAUUUUACUUCUAUUUUCGUAGCAUUUGCAUCAAA